AUGGGAGAGUUUGGAGGAAAUGACUACAACUUCCUUAUUUCGUCCACCAGGACCGUGGAGCAAGCCAGAGUUUAUGCUCCUCAAAUUGUUGACAGCAUCUCCCGAGGCCUAGAGAUGCUGAUCCAGCAUGGCGCCAAGUACAUAGUUGUGGCAGACAUCUUCCCGAUUGGCUGCCUACCGGCAAUUCUCACGAUGCUCGCUAGCCCAAACAACAUGGAGUAUGAUGGGCACGGAUGCCUGAAGAGUAUGAACAAGCUGGGGCGCUACCAGAACUCUCUCCUCCGACGACGGAUCAAGGUGCUACGGUACAAGUACCCACAUACGAAGAUCAUUGCCACCGAGUACUACCGACCGGUCCUUGCAUUCAUACAAAAGCCGAGACAUUUUGGACUGAACAGCAGCACAACCCUUCUCACAUGUUGUGGCGCAGGAGGCCCUCCUUAUAACACCGACUUCAACGCAGGGUGCGGCCAGCCGGGUGCGACGGCGUGCGCAGAUCCUUCAGGGGCACUUCAAUGGGAUAGUUUCCACCUCACAGAAUCCGCCUAUAGGUUCAUCGCCGAUGGGUGGCUCCACGGCCCCUACGCGGAUCCACUGAUAAUGGAUGUUGCACGCUACUAG